AUGUCAUACCGUGUGUGGAAGCAAGUAGAGAGAACCUUUGAAAGAUUGACUCAGGGGAAGAAUAGCAUUGAGGAGGAUCACCCCGCACAUGGGAUCUUGCCAGAUCGUACCAAGAACGAACUAAUCAGUGAGCCGUAUGAGUAUGCAGCCCUAGACGGCGGACCUGACUCGAUCCGCCUGCUUGAGCUGCCCCCGGGAACCCGCCAGGACGAUAUCGCCUGCAACUUGGUUGAAUACUCGUUGGAUAGCCGGCUCCAGGAAUAUGACGCAUUGAGCUAUGUCUGGGGCGAUAAAACUAAACUGACACCUAUACAAAUUAAGGACUGCACCCUCAUGGUCACGACGAAUCUCCGGACCGCCUUGCUCAAUAUCCGGAGGUUGGACCAGCCAUGCACGAUUUGGGUCGACGCCGUCUGCAUCGACCAGAACAGUGUGUUGGAGAAAAACCACCAGGUUUCCAUCAUGGCAGACAUCUAUAGAAACGCUGCUCGCACUAUCGUGUGGAUGGGAGACAGCCGUCCUGCGUACACGGCAAAGGCGUUUGCCAUGGUCGAUGAGCUCGCAGCUGAGGCCAUCUCUCGGCAACACCCUUCCAUGGACAUCGACCCCUACAAUCCGACUCUGGCAAUGCUGCAACUAAAGCUGACAGAGAGUCCGCUCUUCGACCGCUUCAGAGACGACUUUAGCAUCCUCCACAUCGCCUGUGCCGAGUGGUGGUUUCGCGCUUGGACGGCCCAGGAGAUCCUCCUCGCCUCAGAGGCUGUCAUCAUGGCGGGCACGUUUACCAUAGACUGGGGCCGCUUCUCAGCUGGCAUUAGAUACGGGCUCGCUCUUGGUAUCUGGAACCCUGUGACGCUUGGGAUAAUUGUCGACCCCAUCGUAAUACCUUAUCUGUCAACACAUGCUUUGUGGGAGCAGAGGCAGCGGCCAUCGACUACGACGCCAGAGCAGACUUUGCUGGGACUGCUGGUUCAAUGCCGUUUUAGACAAGCCUCAGAUCCUAGAGACAAGGUCUACGCUCUAUUGGGGCUUAUAGACGCAGGCGCAGACGCAGAUGCAGACAACUCGGCUGGUUCCUUUGCGAUUGAGGCUGACUACAGACUGUCGACUAGCCAUGUGUACUGCCAUGCUGCCCGGAAGCUGCUACUGCAAUCGGGUAACCUCAACGUUCUUGGAGCAUGCACUCCAACGACCAACCUGGAGCUGCCAUCUUGGGUCCCCGACUGGAGUGCACCAAGCGGCCCUUGCCCUCUCAUGCAUGACGCUCGAGGAAGAUUGCGUCAGACUCACGCAUGCUGCGGUACUAAGGCGACGCCCCGCUUCAUUGAAGACAACCGUUUACUCGUACUCGAGGGCCAUGAAGUCAUGACCAUCACGCAUCUCUCGCCCGUCCUGCAUCGUCUCCAACGAGACAGUAGCGGCUUCAAGCCCAUCAAGGCUGGCGAUACACUCAUGGCGCGCUUGGCCUCUCUGGGCCAGCUGUUUAUGCUCGUUAUGGCAAUCUAUUGGGAGCUAUCGUCGGUUGUCCCACACUUGGCCACCUUCUGGGACUGGGAAGCAUUUGCGCAGGAAUCUGUAGUAUCGUCAAAGAGCAGCCAAGACACGUCGUCCACUGGCCCAGGGUUUGAGGACGGUUACGACCCGCUCGUCGUCUACUGGCAGACGCUCUGCGUAGGUACCUUCGCCUCUGGUGGCCGCCACGCGACAGCCCAGCUCUUUUACUCGUGGCGGUCCAGUCUGCGACCCGUUUUCCACUUGCGUCAAUGGCGUGUGGACAGCAUGUUCCGUCCCUUGGCCUUUCUGGGGUACGUCAUGCGCACGUGGCGCGACUACAGCGAGUUUGCGAGUUUGCUGGAGCCCGUGUACGAACGGCGACUGGGGCGUGGCGAGAAUGGGUUCUUGGCUCUGCUUCCAGGGGAGGCAGAGGUAGGAGACAGAAUUGUCCUCGUGAAGGGGGGGAGAGUGCCUUUGUUACUGAGGAGAGAUGAGGAGGGGAUGUAUAGACUUGUAGGAGAGGCGUAUGUGCAUGGGAUUAUGGAUGGGGAGAUGUUUGAGGAGGCGAAGUGUGUAGAGAUUAAGGUGAGGUAA